GCUUGUAGUUGUAGUCGCCGCUACCAUGGAAACGGAAAAUUCGUAAACAAAAGCCGGAAAAUUAAAAAUUGCAGAAUGUACACUAACGCAGCAGAAACGUAAAGCCAAUAAUGUCCUUUGAAAAGAUCCUUUACAAAUAUGAGGAACCGCACGGGAUCGGAGAUGUGUACUUCAUUUGGCAGAAGGCUUUGCUGGCCACAACUGGUACCGAUGGAUCGGUGGCCCUGUACAAUCGACAGGGCCAACUGGUGCAGCGCAUCAUACUUUCUGGGCUGUGCUCAGGAUUCGCCUGGGACCAAGAGGGUGACCUGCUGGGCAUCAUUACCAGUGGCUCCCCAAACAUAACGUUGUGGGACUAUAACAGCCAGGAAAAGAUCAGUGUGGAGACGGGCCUUCGAGAUCCCCUCACGUGCAUUCUCUGGUCCAAGCAGCAACAACUACUGGCCGUCGGCACAGGACGCGGUAAUCUGGCCAUUUAUAAUCAUAGCAGUGGAAAGCGACCCACACCGGUUCUGGGCAAGCACAGCAAACGAAUCACUUGCGGCGCCUGGUCCGCCCAGAAUCUGUUGGCUCUCGGUUCGGAGGACAAGAGCUUCUCGUUGAGCAACGAGGAUGGCGACACAGUGCGCGUAGUCCAGCUAAGAGAUGCGCCCACCGACAUGUACUUCGCCGAAAUGGCCAAUGACGAACGUAUUGCGGGGGACAAUGCCAUCAGCAUGAUCAUCGGCAAGCGUACUCUGUUUCUCUACUAUUUGCCCGAGCCCGAGAAUCCUACGGAGCUGGGCUUCCAGAGCCGAUACGGAUCGCUGAUGCAGCACAAGUGGUUUGGCGAUGGGUAUAUCCUGCUGGGCUUUUCCAACGGACAUGUAGUGGCCAUCUCUACGCAUCCCAAGGACGUCGGACAGGAGCUCUGGCAGGUGAAGAACCACAAGGACAGCUUGACCGGAUUGGCAUACUGCCCGACGUUAGAUAUAGUUGCCUCCUGCGGGGAUGACAGCAUUAAGAUUCAUUCAAUAACGAAUCUCCAGGAGACUGAACGCAUUAUUACCGUGCCAGAUCAUGCCGGUGUUCAGAUGAUCGAUUGGUCGCCCGAUGGUCAACUAUUGGCGGUUACAACAAACCAUGGUACUGUGUACAUCUAUGUGACCAAGCUGCCUCAUCUCUUCGCCGUCUCUGCACCUCGGAUUGUGCUGUUGAGCAGUCUCGCCGAGGUGUCCAUCUAUGUUUACGCACCGGACAAGACAAAGUCGCUGCCUUUCCGCUUGCCUCUGGAGGGUGAGCCUACCUUCAUGGCCGUGGGGCCAUACAACUUUGCUACAGGAAUUGAAAAGCACGUAUGGUUUUAUGAUCUCGGGAAGAGUUUGGGCGAGGAGCCUCGUCCACUAAGCGAACGCGAUUUUCCGCGCAGCGUGGAGAGCAUGAAACUGAAUGCGGACUACUGUGCCGCUUUGUGUCCACCACAACUAAUCCUUCAGGCCAUUGCCGCCGACAAUCCAAACUGCAAGGACAAGCUGCAGGCGGUUUUUCCAACAGCUCUGCCCAAUAUGCCCAGUGAUGCGGUGAUCACGUGCUUUGCACUUAGCCAGGAGCUUCUGAUUUUUGCAACAGAUAUUGGUCACCUGGUGUUCUAUUCCCUGGAAAAAUGGGACAGCUGCACAAUCUACAGACACAGUAUGGGCAUCCGGCAGCUCUUCAUGGACAUCGAAGGCACCAAGGUUAUUUUUAUAGAUGAUCAUUCCCAGGGUUAUGUUUUCCUACCUGUUGUCGAGGAGGCCCUCCUCAUUCCGGACAUUCCCAAGCAGUGCCUUGGCUGUCUUUGGGAUCUCACGCAGCCGAAUAUCUUCAUCAGCUACGAUGCUAGAAUCGUCAAUACGCACGUCUUUGUGCGGCAUUCUGUACAAGGGACACACACCCUGAUGGUGGGUGAGUCCAAACUGAAUCCGGGUCAAUUUCCUCUGCUGCUCUGCGGCGGAGAAAUGGCUUUGCAUAUAGAUGGUGGCCAGUAUGCCACACAGUCACUCAGUACCCACGUCGUGAAUCCCAGCAACAGUCAGGCAGCAAAUCUUCAGAUGCUCCUGAAGCUGAGAAACUACGAUGAAGCCUACAAGCUGUGCAAGCAGAUGAAUCAGAGCAGCGCCUGGCGGGAGUUUGGGGAGCAGGCCAUUUCCGAUCUGGAACCCGAUAUAGCAAUUCGAGCCUACCGUCAGCUUGGUGAUGCUGCCCUGGUUAAUGCUUUGUCUGAACUGCGCUACGUGGAGGAUCUGGACAUGCUUAUCGGCUGCUGUUGUACACUCUUGGCCCAGUACGACCAGGCCAAAGAGCACAUGUUAAAAGGAGUUUACACAAGAGCAGCUCUGGACCUCUGUCGAGAUCUUCUGCAAUGGGAUCAGGCCCUGCUUUUGGCCCACAAAAACGAUCCACAAGAGGUGCCCUAUAUAGCCAGGGAAUACGCCCAACAAUUGGAGUUCAAUGGAAACUAUACUGAUGCUCUAUACCACUAUGAGAAGGGAUACAAGGAGGACUUAAUCAAUAGCAAGGAGACUGAAACGGAUGCCUUAAUGGACAGUUCCCCCGAAUACGAGGAACAUGUCCGUCUCUGCAAAAUGGGUAUUGCAAGAACUUCUAUCAGAGCGGGAGACUUCAGACGUGGGAUUCAAUAUGCUGUGGAGCUGGAGGACCAGCAGCUUUUGUUUGACUGCGCGGAACUUUUGGCCACCGUGGGACAUCUAACCGAGGCAGCGGGAUUGUAUGAGCGUGGUGGUUUCUAUGAUGAGGCCUGUGGCCACUACAUUGCACUUAAAAUGUGGAACAAGGCCAAUAAUAUCCUACCCAAGGUAAAAAGUACCAAACUUCAUGCCGCGUAUGCCAAGGCAAAAGAGAACGAUGGUCACUAUGAGGAAGCAAUACGAAGCUAUCGUAUUGCAGGUGACUUGGAUGCCUGUGUUAGGAUCUACUUGGAUCACCUGUGCGAUCCGCAUGCAGCUUCUGAAAUUGUUUUAGAGUCGCGAUCCAUGGACUCGGCCAAGCUGCUGGCCAAGUUCUACCAGAAGAUUGGCGAUGUUGAGCAGGCCCUGCAGUUUCUCGUCAUCUGCGGCUGCGUGGAGGAGGCUUUCGCCCUUGCCCAGCGACAUAACAAGUUGAGGCGACACGGAGAGCUCUUGGAGCGAUACGAGAAUGCGAAAUCCUCGGAUUAUCUGGCACUGGCACACUAUUUUGAGGGUGAAAAGUAUACUCUGCUGGCGGGCAAGUAUUACUUUCUGGCAAGGGAAUUUACCAAAGCUCUUAGGUUUCUGCUGAAAGCCUCCGCUUUCAACAACGAGGAGCAGGUCUCGCUAUCGCUAGCCAUUGACUGUGUGGCCACCUCGAACAAUGAACAAUUGGCCACUCAGCUAAUCGAGUUUCUGUUGGGCGAAGUGGAUGGCGUACCGAAAGACCCACGCUAUCUCUUUCGUUUAUACAUGGCGAGGAAGCACUAUAAGGAUGCCGCCAAGACGGCGGUUAUUAUCGCAAAUCAGGAACAGAUCGCUGGAAAUUACAAAUCGGCAAGGGAUCUGUUGUACUCCAUGUACCAGGAACUGCGACGGAAUAAUCUCUCCGUUACGGCUGAGAUGAGGCAUCAGUUUAUUUUACUACAUCGCUACACCUUGGUGCGAAUCCACGUCAAACUGGGCAAUCAUUUGCUGGCCGCUAAGCUGCUUGUCCAAGUAGCCGCCUGUAUAUCCCAGUUUCCCGAACAUAUCAUUCCCAUUCUCACCUCCACGGUAAUUGAAUGCCAUCGAGCUGGCCUAAAGAAGUCGGCGUUUACCUACGCCUCCACAUUGAUGCGUCCGGAUUAUAGGAAUCAAUUGGAUCCCCGGUAUGCAAAGAAGAUCGAGUCGAUUGUCCGCAAGGCUCCCAAGGGUAUCAAGCAGUUGCGGGAUGAGAUUGAUGGCGAAACCAUGGAGUGUCCCAUUUGCGACUCGAACCUGGCCAAUAUGGAGGUGACCUGCUAUAGCUGCAAGACCACACUGCCCAUCUGCAUUGCCACUGGGCAGCACAUCAUCAAACAACUGAUGACCUCAUGUCCACAGUGCGACUUUCUUUGCUUUCGCGCAGAGAUGGAGAAUAUUCUGUCGGAGAAUGGAGAGUGUCCCAUGUGUGGCGAGAAUGUGGCUCCGGAGCAGCUCCUGGAUGUGGAAGACAUAAGGCCAUACAUUCUGGCCGCCUCUUAAGAUUGAUUCAUUUAAGGACUGAAGCAAACGAAUAGACUGCACAACACAAUCACAACACCAAAAAUAUAUUCUUAUAAGCUGCAAUGCACAAAAUACACUUUAUAUAUCACU